UUUCAUGGCAACGUAGGCCUAUAUAAGAAGGUCCUGAAUAUCAGAACCAAUUUAGGAGACCCUAUAAUAAAUGGAAAUCUUGUAGCCAAUUCUUUCGUUCUGUCUACUCAAUUUUGAGCCCACCGAUUAAUAGCAAGAGACAGCAACCAAUCACCAAACUUCAAUAAUCCCCUCAUACUUUAUAUACACUACUCCAUUGCCUUGCAUGCCAUUCAAGCUCUCUCAAUCCCAUAAGUCACUAAGCAAGUCGAGUGACGAUCGAGAGGGAUUGAAAGAGACCGACCGAACUACGGCUACGACAUGGUGAACCUGGUCGCUAUACAGGAGCCGUUGCUCCAUGGAUUGAUGAAGAUGGCCGGGGUUCGACCCUACACUGUCGAGAUCGAGCCCGGAACUGUCAUGAAUUUCUGGGUUCCAUCCGAGCUUGUCAAGAGGAAGCCCAAGAAGGGUGAAAACCUUUCCCCCUCGGAUGUUAACAAGCCUAGCAAGCCUGCAGUGGUCCUGGUGCAUGGUUUCGCUGCCGAAGGCGUUGUGACUUGGCAGUUUCAGGUGGGUGGCCUAACAAAGAAGUAUGCCGUCUACAUCCCGGACCUUAUCUUCUUCGGCAGCUCAAUCAGCAACAGGCCCGACCGGUCACCAACCUUCCAGGCGGAGUGCUUGGUCGCGGGCCUGAAGAAGCUCGGGGUCGAGAAGUGCACUGUCGUGGGGUUCAGCUACGGCGGGAUGGUAGCCUUCAAGAUGGGCGAGCUCUAUCCAGAUUUUGUCCAAGCCAUGGUCAUAUCGGGCUCGAUCCUGGCCAUGACCGACUCCCUGAGCGAGGAGACGCUGCACAGCCUAGGCUAUUCCUCGUCGUCGGAGCUGCUGCUGCCGACUAAUGUGAAGGGCCUGAAGGCGCUUCAGUCGGUCGCCAUGUACCGGAAGUUCUGGUUCCCGGACAGAUUCCACAAGGAUUACCUUGAGGUGAUGUUCACAAACAGGAAGGAGAGAGCUGAGCUAUUGGAAGGUCUUGUCAUCAGCAACAAAGACGCAUCCAUCCCCGAUUUCGCUCAGAGAAUACAUCUGCUUUGGGGAGAGAAGGACCAGAUCUUUAAAGUGGAACUUGCCCGGAACAUGAAAGAGCAACUUGGGGAGAAUGCAACCGUCGAGUGCAUCAAGAAGGCGGGCCACUUAGCCCAUCUCGAGCGGCCCUGUGUCUACAACCGCCGCCUCAAGCGGUUCCUUGCUUCCCUCCACAAGAAUGGCGCCAAAAAAUGAUACUCUCCUUUAAUUCAAGUUUAAAUUAUUAUAAUUUUCUUUCUGAGAGAUGGUAUUGUUCUCAGUAGAAUAACUCUGUUAGCAUGGCUCUAUCGAAGAUGAUGCUGAGAGAUCAAUGAUGAUAUUCAAGAUAACGUUCCAAGCUCA